AUGGCGGACCACCGGGGCCACCCUUCGGAGGCCCCGUCAGAAGAGCGCACAGAGCCCUUUUCCCAGUCCGAGGUCGACGCCCGCUUGAAGAGCAUGGGCGUUCACGAGGCCGUCGAUGAAGUCAUGUACGACGCUGUCCCGUUGGACAAGCUCAUGGUCGAGGACCACCACCACAAGCAAGGCAUCCGCAUUCUGGUGCGCCCUCUCACCCGGAGCCGCUCUGUAAGCCCGGGCAACGGCAGUUGCCAGUGGCUUGCUCUCCGCGCCGAAGUCGCGUCGGAUGAACGUCCCCACCACAAGGUCCUGGCCGUGACCCAGACCCCCAGGGACAUCAAGUUCUCGGUGCGCAUCCCCUCCGAACACCUGGACGACCACGUACCGCGGCCUCCGGUGUGGUGCGAGCUGUACUACGACCCGGCCAGCGACAACCAGAUCCUGUUGAACCGGUCCGAAGCCCCCAUUACCCUGUCCCGCCUCUCGGACGACCCGGGAAACAGCCCGGGACCCAACCACGAAAUCAAACCUCUAAUGACCAAGGCUCUGUCUCCAGGGUCUUGGCGUAUCUCCGUCGAGGGUAUCAGGGUCCUCGACUUUAGGGUGUUGGAACGGAUGCCCUUCCACCUCGUCCAACCAAGGAAAGCCAUCGAGAAUGGGGACAGCUCCGAAAGCGACAUCGUCCUCAAUUCGUUGGGGAAGAGGUCUCUGGACGCCGAAGAAUCCCAAGGACGGGGCGAAAAGAAAGUGAAGACAUCCGAGGCCGGAGCUAGAGCCGGAGCCGGAGCCGGAGCCGGAGCGGCGAAGAAGGAAGAUGGUGUCAUCAUGUUCCUGCGAUCGUCUGCCGACCCUCUCGUCUUUCCCCUGCCCACAACGGGCAAGGGCAACACGGCAGGCAAGGGCAAGGGCAACGAGCUGGUGGCCUCCACGGGCCAGGCUCUCCUCGACCUCCAAAAGGACGAGACCGUGGCUGUCCAAAGCGGCUGCGAGCUGGACGCCUACACGGUGACCAAACGUGACCAGAUCGCCUCCACCAGUCUCUCCUCCGUCUUUACCGCCGAGCACUCCAACGUACCCAACGGCGUGAUUACCGUCAAAAUCCUCAAGACCCACUCCGUCAACAACGCCGCCGCCGCCGCCGCCGCCGCCCAGAAGCCCCAGGAAGCCGAACGCAACGUGAUCCGCCAGGCCGACAUGUGGCUCCGCGAGUACCAGUCCCAGGACGACCUGCGCCAUAGUUCCAUCGUCCGCCUGUACGGGGGCGACGCGCGCUUCCUGUCUCUGUACAUGGAGCACGUGGAGGCCCGCGACCUCUCCGCCCGCAACUUCUGGCGCGGAGCACGUGACGACAUGUUCAUGGGGUCGCGCGCCGAUGCGAGCCGCAUCCUCCACGACGUCGCCUCGGCCCUGCACUACCUCCACGACCGCGGCCUGGUGCACAACGACAUCAAACCGGCGAACAUCCUCUACUCGCCCGACCGCGGCGCCGUGCUCUGCGAUUUUGGCCUCAGCUCGCCCGCCCACGCCCCCGCCACGACGGGCGGGACCCCGUUCUACGUGCCGCCCGAGUUCAUCGGCGGCCGCUUGCGGGGGGCGGCUUCAGACGUAUGGGCCCUCGGCGUCACCAUGCUCUACGUGAUGCGAAAACUGCCGUUCCCGGACGCCCGCGCCGGUCGCGCCCACCCGCGCCCGCUGUACUGGAUGAUCGCGGACCUGAACCGGCCGGGCGGCGGCGCGCGGCAGAAACCCGGGGCGGCGCGGGGCGCGGGCAUGUCGGCGGUGGACCAGAUGAUGGUGUGGCUGAGCGAGGUGCGCGAGGCGGCGGAUCGGCUCAGCCCGCGGGACCGCAUGGAGCGGAUCAUACGCGAUAUGUUGAUUCUGAACCCGAAGCAACGGAUUACGACGGCGCAGAUUUUGCAUCACUUGGUUGAUGAGCAGAUGGCGAUUCGUUCAUGA